AUGCCCCCCAAAGAAACCCCCCGCCACAAACCCGACAUCCUCCUCCCCACCUCCUACAACGACCUAAAAUUCACCCAAAUCCGCACUCAGCACCACGAAAAAGAACCCUCCGUCAUCAUCCUCACAUUAUACAGACCCGGAAACCACAAUGCCUUUACCGACACCAUGCGCGCGGAGAUCGAAAGCGCAUACGGCAUGUUCGACGCAGACGAGCGGGUGAAAUGCAUCGUCGUAACAGGAGAUGGGCGGAUCUUCUGUGCGGGCGCGGAUCUGGAUGAGGGGUUUGGGGAGGGGGUUAAUGGGGCGGAUGCGGAGAGGGUGCAGGAUCAUCGGGAUGGAGGCGGACGCGUAGCCCUAGCCAUCCAUCAUUGCCGCAAGCCUUCCAUCGCCGCUCUGCAAGGUUCCGCAGUCGGGAUUGGCAUCACCAUGACGCUGCCUAUGAACAUCCGCAUAGCCUAUGCAUCGGCGAAGAUAGGUUUUGUUUUCUCGCGCCGUGGACUCAUCAUGGAAGCGUGUUCUUCCUUUUUCUUACCCCGGUUGAUCGGCCAUAGUCGCGCUAUGCAGGCCGUGACGACAGGCAGCACCUAUCUUGCUAGCCACAAGAUCUGGGAUGGCUUGUUUGCGGAGGUGUGCGACAAGGCGGAAGAUGUGUUGCCGAGGGCGCUCGAGGUUGCAGAGGACGUGGUGAAGAACACGAGCGGCGUGAGUACGUAUCUGAUGAAGGAGCUGAUGUACAGGGAUGCGGGGAGUCCUGAGGGUCAGCAUUUGUUGGAUAGCCGGGUCAUCUACGAGUUGUUUGGAUCGCCGGAUAACACUGAGGGCGUAAAGUCCUUCAUGGAGAAGAGACCGGCGAAUUUCACGGGGACCAUGGACAAGACAAAUGUGACAGGAUACCCGUGGUGGAUGCCGAUAGACACACUGGGAAGGCCAAAGGUGGCGCCAACAGGGAGGGCGAAGAUCUAA